AAAAUUCCCGCUUUGCAAAGCACAGACGGGGACGCUAAUCUAACCCUUGGUAAGAGCACACUGGAGCAAAACAACGCCAAAGGCGCCUGGGUGACCUUGAGCCAGAGUACCGUGGUACUGGGCACAGAUGGCAACACUUCUGUUCUUCCUGGCAGAGUGGAGGGGGUAAGUUGCCAGGAAGACGAUGUAGGGGAUGAAAAUAAAGCCCGAGGGAACUGGUCUAGCAAGCUGGAUUUCAUCCUCUCCAUGGUGGGUUAUGCAGUGGGGCUGGGCAAUGUCUGGAGGUUCCCGUACCUGGCCUUUAAGAAUGGGGGAGGUGCGUUUCUCAUCCCCUAUUUGAUGAUGCUGGCUCUAGCUGGGAUCCCCAUUUUCUUCCUGGAAGUCUCCCUGGGGCAGUUUGCUAGUCAGGGGCCCGUGUCUGUCUGGAAAGCCAUCCCCGCCUUGCAAGGCUGCGGCAUUGCGAUGCUGAUCAUCUCGGUUCUAAUAGCCAUAUAUUACAAUAUUAUUCUGUGCUACACACUUUUCUACCUUUUUGCGUCCUUUGUACCUGUGCUACCUUGGGCUUCCUGUAACAACCCGUGGAACACACCCGACUGUAAAGAUAAAAACAAACUUUUGUUAGAUUCCUGCAUUAUCGGUGACCACCCGAAAAUCCAAAUCAAGAACUCCACUUUCUGUAUGAGUGCCUAUCCAAACUUGACUAUGGUUAACUUCACCAGUGAAGGAAACAAAACGUUUGUCAGUGGAAGUGAAGAAUACUUCAAGUACUUUGUAUUGAAGAUUUCAGCAGGGAUUGAAUAUCCUGGUGAGAUUAGAUGGCCCUUGGCACUAUCUCUUUUCCUGGCUUGGGUGAUUGUAUAUGCCUCCCUUGCUAAAGGAAUCAAGUCAUCAGGAAAAGUGGUGUACUUUACAGCUACAUUCCCCUAUGUAGUUCUCAUCAUCCUUCUUAUAAGAGGAGUGACUCUACCUGGAGCUGGAGCUGGAAUCUGGUACUUCAUCACACCCAAGUGGGAGAAGCUCAUUGAUGCUAUGGUUUGGAAGGAUGCUGCCACUCAGAUUUUCUUCUCCUUAUCUGCAGCAUGGGGAGGCCUAAUUACUCUCUCUUCCUACAACAAAUUCCAUAAUAAUUGCUACAGGGACACAUUGAUAGUCACAUGUACCAACAGUGCCACAAGUAUUUUUGCAGGCUUUGUCAUCUUCUCAGUUAUUGGCUUCAUGGCAAAUGAGCUCAAAGUGAAUAUUGAAGCUGUGGCAGACCAAGGUCCUGGAAUUGCUUUCGUGGUUUACCCAGAAGCCUUAACUAGGCUUCCCCUCUCUCCGUUCUGGGCUAUAAUAUUCUUUUUGAUGCUUUUGACACUUGGAUUGGACACUAUGUUUGCCACUAUCGAGACUAUAGUGACCUCCGUUUCGGAUGAGUUCCCCAAAUACUUACGGACGCACAAGGCACUGUUCACUCUUGGGUGCUGCAUCUCCUUUUUCAUCAUGGGAUUUCCUAUGAUCACUCAGGGUGGAAUGUAUAUGUUACAGCUUGUGGACACUUACGCAGCUUCUUACUCUCUUGUCAUCAUUGCCAUCUUCGAGCUUGUUGGAGUUUCCUAUAUAUAUGGAUUGCAGAGAUUCUGUGAAGAUAUAGAAAUGAUGAUUGGAUUCCAGCCAAGUAAAUUCUGGAGAGUCUGUUGGGCAUUUGUGACCCCGACUAUUUUAACAUUUAUUCUUUGCUUCAGUUUUUACCAAUGGGAACCGAUGACUUACGGAGCUUACCACUACCCGGGCUGGUCCAUGGUGCUCGGGUGGCUGAUGCUGGCCUGCUCGGUUAUCUGGAUCCCAGUGAUGUUCGUGAUAAAAAUGCAUCUAGCCCCAGGCAAAUUUAUUGAGCGACUCAAGUUGGUGUGCUCUCCACAGCCCGACUGGGGUCCGUUCUUGGCCAAGCACCGUGGUGAACGUUACAUGAAUAUGAUUGAUCCACUGGGAACCUCUUCCCUGGGACUUAAACUGCCAGUGAAGGAUAUAGAACUGGGGACACAAUGCUAA